ACGACACUUAGUGAGCUCUUCUUAUUGUUGACAAACGCGUAAGAACCUAACUCUUCUCCAAUAUCAUGCAGAGGCAGAAUCAACCUUCUGUUGGGUUACCUCCAGGGCAACAGGUCCCUGCUAUGAGUAAUGGCAUUCCAUACGCGAUUCCUGUCCAACCUGCCUUCGCACCCUUGCCAGCCGGGUUUCAAGGGACAUAUAGUAAAUUAUAUGGAUCUGCGAAUUCUAUUUUUGCAGCAGCUACACCAGAUGCUGCUACUCCUUUCGACUUUUCUCAACCAGUACUGAAAUUUGGUCAUUUACCAAGAAAAGCUCAAGGAAAAAGUGGUACUCAUGCUUUAAGAGAAGAUCAACAGGGAAUGCAAAAGAAUCAAAGGGUUACUGGGCAUGAAGAGAAAAGAAAUCCAUCUACCUCCGUAAAUGAGAGAGUCAGUACUGAAAAGGAAUCACGUCCUUUCGUCCCCCCAAACACUCAGCAGCUUCGAAGAACGCUGGUUUUGGGGGACAUUCCAAGCGAAAUAAAUGAUUUUUGGAUUGAUAAAAUUUUACGAUUGUCCGGCAAGCUGGCUUGCUGGCGUCGUGUCACGAAUGCUGAAGGAGAGCAAACCUCUUAUGGAUUUGCCGAAUUUGAAUCGAAUGAGCAAUUUAGCAGAGCUUUGGAAGCUUUGCAAGACUUUGCUCUUCCUUCUCUGGAAGAAGGAAAGCCCUCUACGAAAUUUACCAUUUUCACGGAAAAGGAGAAUGAGCAAUUGUAUCAGGAAUGGAAGCAAAAUCGCUAUAAGAACAAGCAAAAAGAAACUUUAGCCCUUCAACAAAUCCAUGCUAAUCUCGAAAGAAUCAGUCAAGAUAUUGGUAAUAAAGAAGUACGAACCCGGAUUGAGAAUGCUGCUCGGCAGGCCCGAGAAAAAUCCGAACAAUCUCUUGAGGAAAGCCGAAAGCUUGAAAUUCCCAUCAACUCUGCCGAUUUAGAAGGAAUUAAUCCUGAUCUCCUUCCUGUCAUAGAAGAGGAAAUUCGCUCCUUCCGCGACCGCUCGGCUUUACGAAAGCGCGAGAAACAGCGAGCAAGAGAUGAGUACGCAAGGCUCUAUCGCGAAUUUAAGCAACAGGAAAGAAGAGAAUUCCGUAAAAAGAAUGAGGAGCUUCAAGAGUUAUUAUAUAAGCAUCGUGUUUCUCGCCUUCCUCGAUCGGUCGUUGAAUCCCAUUUAAAAUAUGAAGCCAGCAUUCCUGACACAGUAUCCGAUGAACAAGUUUAUGCCAAGGAAAGGAGCAAAAAGGAAGAUUUAGAAAUAGAUGCUUACUAUUCUAGAGAACGACGUUGGUUAAACCGUGAGAAAGCUAGAGCCGCAGCAUUGGAACGGGAAGCCGCAAGGGAACGCGAAAACCGAGUCGCCUUUACCUCCUUAAAAUCUUAUAUGUCUGAAAAACUUGCGUCUUUCGACGAUGAGGAAGAGGCAAAGGUUUCUCAUGAUGAAUACUUCGUAGACCGUGCAGCAUGGAUUCGUCAUAGAGCUGUUGCCAAAGCUCGAGAAGAAGAUGCUGAUGCAGCUGAUCGACAAGAGGAAGAAGCUCAUGCUCGUCAUGAACCAGUCGAUGAAAGGGAACAACCAGCGUAUGGUGCUACUGCUGUUACCAGUGAAAUGCCAGAGCAUGGUGGAUUCAAGAUGAGAUUACAACCUAAAAAAGUCACAGAUCAACCAACUAAACGUGAAAUUGGUCUUCCUGAAAGGAUGUUAUUGGAAGAAGAGGAUAUCGAUGAGCAAGUUGAGCAGCAUGGUGCUGAACGGCCUAUGCUGGAAGAAAAUGAAGCUGAAAGAGCACAUAGACUUCGUACAUUGAUUGAAAAGAUUCCUGCAGAAAGGGAAGCUCUUUGGUCUUAUCCAGUUGAUUGGAGUAAAGUAACAGAGGAUCUCCUUAUGGAUGAGAUGCAAAAGUUUGUUACCAAAAAAAUUAUUGAGUAUAUCGGAAUUCAAGAAGACUCUUUAAUUACCUUUACAGUAGAACACAUACGACAACAAAAAGAUGCAAGGUCUCUUGCAGAAGAAUUGGAAAUGGCAUUGGACGAGGAUGCUGCCGAAUUUGCUAGUAAAGUCUAUCGGUACUUGCAUGUACUUUUAAUUUUACGGACUGGAGCUUCACAGUAAUUAAUGUUCUGAUCUAGACGAAAUGAAUCCAAGUAUUAUUUAUAGUUAAACGAAGGAUGUUAUAAAUAAAUAUAGAAAUGAAGAUGACUA